CGAGGAUGGGCUUAUUCACAUUUAUAAGCUCGAUGCGAGAAAGUGAUGCAUCUCAACCAGUUUAAAAAAAUAAGCUGACAUUUUAAUUAAGGAAGGAAGAGUGAUGCAGCAAGGAGAACUCUGUCUUUGGAAAAAAGAGAGAAAUGCACAUAACUCUGCAGAAAUAAUCUGCUUAUGAGGCAUGUUUGAAAUAUAAAAGAAGCAUAUAUAUUUUUGUAAACUUUUAUUAUUCAGAAAUGUUUCACUAAGAGUGAUGUUUUUUUUUCAGGAAAACCCCAUUCCCACUCCUGCUGUGGAAGCUGCCCAGUGCUGUCACAGUCAGCUCUGCCAGCCUCCACCGGAGCAGUGAAAUGUCUUGGUCAAGGGCACCUCGGUGGUGGUAAAAAGGGAGGAGGAAGUGCUGCUCUUUUACUUCCUCCACUCACAUUUAAACAUGACCUCAAUAAGUUACUUGACAUCAACAUGUUCACUUCAGGCCAUUUGUCAAUUUGAUGUAAUGUUUUGUUCUUGCCACAUGGUGACUCUAUUGGCCACAUAAUCAGGCAAACAGAAAAGAAAACUAAUAUUUGACUGUGCAGGUAGUUUCAUGUUGAGACUUCUGUGUAACUUAGAGAACUGAGAAUAGGUGGAGACAAAAAGCAAAAGUCUAAGAAGAGAAUAAUCUUUUGUCUCUCCACUCUGCUGCAUUACACAGAAAAUGGCACAUUUUUAUCCACAGAGUCUCUUGCUGUUAGUUCUGUUAAUAGUCAUUUCAGAGUGCAGAGCUAGCUCACCAGCAAUUAAGACUGUGUCUGCUUCUCAAGAAGAGGAUGUAGUUCUCCCUUGUUUUGAUUCCAAUAUGAAUAAUUCAAUGAGAUGCAACAGAGUCAAAUGGAUAAAGUAUGCCACAGGUGCCAGUCAGAUGAAGGUUAUCCUUGCCAGGCCUAAAACACCCAAAUUCCAGGAUGCGGAACAUGUAAAAUUGGAAGCUGACGGGAAUGGACAAAUGUCUCUUUUUCUGACAAAAUUACAAAAAUCAGAUGAAGGACUGUACAGCUGUGAAAUCUGGCAAGGCUGGGACUGUAUUCUUGUCAGAAACAUAUCUUUAAAAGUAAAAGAAUGCAAAACCCUUCAAGCAGUGAAGGCAGUGCCCAGCACACCCGUUAACCUGAACUGCCCAGUGAACAUAACAUCAGGACAACAAAUACCCCAAAAUUUCUCCUGGGUGAUGCUGAAAGGAGGCAACCCUGUACUUUUCAACUCUACAAGGGUUGAAAGUAAGGGGAGAUCAUUAGAUAUCCACUCUGUGAAUUACACUGACAGUGGUUGGUACAGAUGUAAGUACAUUCUUGGACAAACUCAGCGCUGCUUUGACAUCAAUCUACUGAUCCAAGUGGAAAAUGUUGUUGUGGCCACAACGGUUCCAGCACUGGCAUCUGGUGAGAUCAUUUGGACAACCAGGAAGGAGGGGAUCAGUGGAGCAAUUAUUGCAAUUGUGGCCUCAGCCAUCAUUGGGAUUGCCAUAAUUGCUGCGCUGAUAGGACUAUUCAUUUACUGCAGACAUAACAACCAGAGAGCCACACAGCAAAUCUGCAGGCACCCACCAGGUACUGUUAUAGACUCUACUGGUGUUUAUGAGAUUGUGACUUUUACAUCUUCAGACGAUCAUACAAACCAACAAGUCAACAGUCUAUACCAACAAUUCCAGGACAAAAUCCAUCAUUAGUCAUUUUCAGUCUGCUCAAGAAAAAGAUUUUCCCUACUGUCUAAUCUGGAAUGCCUGCUUACAUUUAUGCAUUAUGUAAAAACAUGUUACAUCUACUGAACUGUAAAGUGUCUUGCAAGUAAGAACAACUGUGACUUACUGUAUAUUGAGCAAAAUGCCACCCCCAGUUUUUUCUUAGACUGUUGAAAAUACUCUUCCUUAUUACCCUGUUUGUAUUAAUAUAUCUAACCAUCUGUAUUAUUUUAAAUGAAAUGGAGACAUGUUUACAAUGCAAUCUUUCAAUAAAACCUUUUAUCCAAUUUAAAUAAA